AAACCAAGAUUGACCACAACCUACUGGGAAGACGAAAACACAAUCUGCUACCAAGUCGAAUGUCGCAACGUUACUGUCUCCAGAAGAGGCGAUAACGACUUUAUCAAUGGUACAAAACUACUCAACGUAACCGGAAUGACUAGAGGCAGAAGAGAUGGUAUAUUAAAAACUGAAAAAACAAGAUUUGUCAUUAAAAUCGGUGCAAUGAACUUGAAAGGUGUCUGGAUCCCCUAUGACAGAGCCUUUGAAUUGGCCAGGAACGAAGGUAUAGCUGAUUUAUUAUACCCAUUGUUUGUCACUGACAUCAAGGGCUUCUACACCAAAUCAAAUGCUCAUGUC